CACGCGUGACCACUCGCUCAUGGCGAUAAGGCCCGUUUAUCAUCGGAGCCGAACACGCACUGGAAGACCAUACCGCGAGAGAGCUCGUCGUCUCCAACGGAGAGACCACGCAUAGACAUGGCGGCCGUACUCCACCAAGCAGCUCUCCCGACCGCAAAAGCCAACCACCCAUGGGCGCUUAACUCCACGUCCAGCCUCUCACCACUCUCCAGACGACGACGAGCCCCGACCAUCCGCUCGGCGGCCACGGACAGCAGCAUCAGCACCGGCGCGGUGCCGUCCAAGAAGAAGACCCGGAAGGAGAAGCAGCAUGAGCGGCGGCGGCAACAGGAGCUGGGGCAGCGGCAGCGGCAGCUGAUGAUGGAAGCGUCGUCGCCCGCCAAGGCCGGCGGCGGAGGCGGGGAGGGGUACGACGACGACGACGAGCUGCCGCAGCCCGUGUUCGACCGCAUCCUCCGCCGGAUCAUGUUCACGGUGGGCGUGCCGAUGGCGUCGGGCGUCGCGCUGCUCAACGUGUACGACGCGCUCAAGCGUGGCCAGGGGGUGGACGUGCCGUCGUGGCUGCCGCUGCUCACCAUCCUCGUCUCCUUCGGCACGUCGGCGCUCGGCAUCGCCUACGGGACGCUGUCGGCGAGCUGGGAUCCGGAGAAGGAAGGGUCGCUGCUCGGGAUCGACGAGGCCCGGGCCAACUGGCCCGUGCUGUGGAAAGAAGAGAUUGAGAAGGAGAAGGCGAAGCAGAAGAAGAAAUGACUGGACACCAGGGAUGGAUACUGCAAGUCCUGUGCGCCUUGCUACUGAUCAUGUAAUACUCAGUGUGGUACUUUGGUCAUAUCUUUCAGUAAAAAAGGCAAUAAACUAGUUGAAUAA